GCUGGCAGGCUCGUGAGGAUAAAAAACCUGUAGUGGCACUAUUACUGCGCCCCAAUACAACUUUGCAUGGGAAAUUGAAUGAGGCAACGUUGAGGGUUUUUCAGAGGGUACUUGGGCAAUGCCAGGAAGGUUGGCUCUUCUGGAUUGCGGAAACAACAUCCAAAGAUGGCCAAGAAGCACUCAAAUUGUAUGGGAACAGAAGUAAUGAUGUGGACCAGUUGAUAUUUUUAACUCCAUCAGCCGGAAGAAAUCUCACCUUCAUUGAGCGGAUUGAAGCAUCAGAUAUGGACGACUAUGAUUGGCUGUCCCAUUCAACAAUGAGCAUAUGUGAGCGAGCAACCUUUAUGAUUGAAUCGCUUGCAUUAGAGAGAGCAAAACUUGCAAGAUGGCGUGAGGAGAGACGCGAGCAAGAGCGCCAGCUUGCAGCAUGUGAGGGAACUGAUCAGUCAUCAGACAAAGAGCAUGAGCAUGAAGUGCAGCAGGAGAACAAAACAGAGAAAGAUGACAAAGAGCUGCAAAAACUGUCUCAAACAGAAGUGAUUAUAAGAGAGGAAAGAAGAAAACGUGUGGCUCCAGAGCCCAAAGAAGGCAUUGUUAUUGCCCUUCGCUUUGGUGAAAUAAAAGCAAGGCGGAAGUUCAAGGAAACAGCUCUGUUUCAGGUUUAUACAAUACUCUACAUUAAAAUUAUGUGUAACCAAAGGAAGCCAUUGGUGGUCUGUAAAACAUGUGAUUAGGAGCUGGCACUCAUACUCACUCACUCAUUUCAUACUUGUUAUUAUAUUUAAUUUUACCUAGUAUGCUUAUACAAUACUUAACUAAGCAUAUCUAAACUUGAGCGAGGCAUAACCCUGCAAGCAUAAUUACCACAUACCAACAACAUUUAACUAUCUCCUCCCUAGACCUUUUCCUCUCUUAUUUGUUCUUUUGUCUUAAUAUUUGGCCUGUACCUGACAGGUUUUGAGAAGAUUUUACUUUUGUCUAUGUGAAUAACAGGAAGUAUAUGACUGGGCAGGGGGUAUGGGAUGCAUGCCACUCCACUUUA